CAGGGCGGGCCCGGCAGCAGAGGCCGCAAGAGCAGGAGGAACACCUGGCCCAGGUGAGCGAGCCAGCGAGGGAGCGAGGCGCGCCGCGGAGGCCCUGCUGCUGCAGCCCAGGCCAGGAGCACAGGAGAGAUAAUGGCAUUACACCCACGCAGAGUUCGAUUGAAACCCUGGCUGGUAGCUCAGGUAGACAGUGGUAUGUAUCCAGGCCUUGUUUGGCUUAACAGAGAGGCCAAGCGGUUUCAGAUCCCUUGGAAGCAUGCAACUCGACACAGUCCUCAGCAUGAGGAGGAAAACACCAUUUUUAAGGCAUGGGCCGUGGAAACAGGAAAGUAUCAGGAAGGAGUUGAUGAUCCUGACCCUGCCAAAUGGAAAGCCCAGCUGAGGUGUGCUCUCAACAAAAGCCGGGAAUUCAAUCUGAUGUACGAUGGCACCAAAGAAGUGCCAAUGAAUCCCAUUAAAAUAUAUGAAGUCUGUGAUAUCCCACAAUCCCAAGGAGGAAUCAUUAACCCAGGUUCUACUGGUUCAGUUCCAUGGGAUGAAAAGGAUAAUGACCUUGAUGACGAAGAUGAGGAUGAACUGAACCAAUCUCAGAAUGUACCUAUACAGGACACCUUUCCAUUUCUUACUAUCAAUGGUUCUCCAAUGGCACCCAAUAGUGUGGAGACUUGCAGUCCUGAAGCCCAGUGGCCAAAAAAUGAGCCUGAAGAUAUAGAGAUGCCUAUGCCUCCUACACUUCCACCUUUGCAGCAUGAUAUGUUCAGCUCCCCCGAACUCUGGAUUAGUUCUCUUCCAAUGACAGACCUUGAAAUCAAGUUUGAGUAUCGAGGCAAAGAGUUUGGACAAACAAUGACAGUGAGCAAUCCCCAAGGCUGCAGACUUUUCUAUGGAGAACUGGGACCUAUGCCAGAUCAAGAAGAACUCUUUGGUCCUAUUAAUUUGGAGCAAGUAAAGUUUCCAGGACCAGACCAGAUCACCAAUGAAAAGCAAAAGCUCUUUACAACCCGACUGCUUGAUGUUAUGGACAGAGGGCUGAUACUGGAAGUCAGCGGCCAUGCUAUUUAUGCUAUCAGACUUUGCCAGUGCAAAGUAUAUUGGUCUGGCCCAUGUGCACCUUCUUCCACCACACCAAACUUGAUUGAAAGGCAAAAGAAAGUCAAGCUUUUCUGUUUAGAGACAUUUUUGAGUGAACUGAUUGGCCAUCAGAAAGGACAGAUUGCGAAACCUCCAUCCUAUGAGAUAUACUUUUGUUUUGGGGAAGAAUGGCCAGAUGGAAAAUCAAAAGAGAGAAAACUGAUAGUUGUACAGGUAAUUCCAGUCGUAGCCCGGAUGAUCUAUGAGAUGUUUUCCGGUGACUUCACCCGCUCUUUUGACAGUGGCAGUGUGCGGCUCCAGAUCUCUAUCCCAGAUAUCAAGGACAACAUUGUUUCCCAGCUGAAGCAACUCUACCGUCUGUUGCAAAAUCAUCAAGAAGGCUGGCCUAUGCAGCCACCAAACAUGCACAUGACUCCACCUCUUGCAGCGCAGUAAUGAGCAGGUCUCGCCCAAAUGAGGAAUUGACUGGAUUAGUAAAUUGUGUGGAUACUGUAAUUGUAGUGCAAUGUUGGGUUUUUAUUUCAGUUAAUUGUAAACAACUCUUGAGUACGUGGCGCUGAAAUGAGAAUGAUAUAUAUAUAUAUAAUGUAAUACUUUGCAGGAAUUGUGUUGAAUUAACCCUCAUGCACUAGGAUAGUGCAUCCAAAUUCCCUAGACCUACAACAUUGCAUCCAUUAUAUUGUCAUCAGUAUGGCUGUAAACAAUGUCCCCCAUUUCAAUCAUUUGCUGCACACAGUAUGUCAUAUAUAUAUUAAAAAUGACUGGGAGAAAAAUUGUCCCAACAAAGCUAUAACAUACUGUUAUAAAAAUGUCUCAAGCUGUUUUGUGAAUCAUGAUGCAGCAAAGCAGAAGUAAUGUGUUCUUUUUAUCAGUAAGCUGGUCCCAUUUGAAAAAAAAUUCAAAAUGUCUUCUAUUGGAGGUAUACUAAAAUCCGUGCCUUCCGCUUCCAAUAUAAAUUUUUAUUUACUAGUGCAUGAAGGUCAAUGCAUGUAGACAAAAAGUUUACGUUUUUAAAUUUUUCUUCCAAUUAUUGUACAUAUAUGAAAGAAUGUUGAAUUAUGUUUUUAUUUGCCUGUAACACAGCAGCGCUGUCUUUAUAUGUGAUCAGAUUUCAAAUGUUAUUUUUCAAAAGGAAUUUUAAGAGCUUUUAACACAAAUGCUUUAUUAUUAUACAUACUUUAUGCUAUGGGAAAUAUAGUCACAUUAUUACGUAAACUGUUUCUACUUUAUAUAUUUUAAAAAUAGUAGUGCUGGCACAUACAGAAUCUGAUCAAUGCAAAACACAUUUGUAAUCCUUGUUUUGUAAGUAUUUCAACUCUUCAGUAAAAUUGUGUAGCAAAAUUGUUAUCUGAAUCACAGAGGUGUUCUGAAUGUUGUAUGAAUAAACCACUGCUGUUUGAUAAAUCCUUUCUUUUUAAACAAAGGAAGGGUAGACUUCAAAUUUUAUUUUAAUCCUGAACAGAAGUGUUUAUUUCAAUUCACAAUCAGUUGUGCUCACUAUAAAUUAAAUAUUACUGAGAUGUGUAGAUGUUGCUAUGUGAAAAGCUAUCAAGUGUGUCCUAUACUAUGCAAUUGUAUAGUGUGAAAAAAAGAGCAAGCUUAAAUCAUUUGUUUCCAGUCUGGUUGAUAACUGAAUGGAGACAAAGAGGGAUACACAAGGCUUUCUGAUGAACCCAUUAUUUGCUACCAAAUGUGUUUCCUAGCUUGUUUCAUAGAGUUUCUUUUUUAAACAGAAAGAAAUAUUAACUACAUUUGCAAUGCUUGUUAGAAUAUCAAAUUGCUAGGGUAAUAAAGCUCUUUGCUUCUUGUAUGUCUUAAUCUUAUGUAAACAAAUUGCACACCAAGAACACUGUAAUACUGUUAAUGAUGUCAUCCAACCAACUGUAAAUAAGACAACCAUUUUGAAUAUUUUGUUCUGAAGCCAGUGGUGUUUCAUGUUUGCUUUAGUGCUAGAAAACACAUUAAAACAUACUCUCAAAUAUUCUGUGGAACUAUAA